GUGCGCUGUGGCCGGGAUCCAUCCGCCGAAGGAACUAAACCCACAAAUCUGCGGCUCUACCGGGACGUCGGUCCGCAUUCUCGCCUUCCGACUGCGACCACAUGAAUUGCCUUAUUCUGAUAAUUAAUUACAGUUGUAGGAAUUGGCACGCUCUGCUCUAUUGCUGGAAUUAGAUAUUUGGCGCGAAAUUGCGGUGGGGGGGAACAUUGCCCGCUUUAGUACUAAUACUGUGGGGAGGUUUUUGCGGACCACACCUACUGGGGAAGCGACAUGUGGAUGGAUGCAUAGAAUUUUGUCGGCAUUGGUUAAAAAUGAUUUUCUCUACACCUUUUUACUUGGACAACUUGUGACUAUUUUAGAUAGCUACGCAUUCUUAUCUUGACAGCUUAUUUCAAGGCAGUCUAUUCAUAUUUUUCUCUUUAGAAAAGGUAGUUUUUCCCCCCCCAACUACGAAAAUGCUUCAAAGUUUUACCCCGACGCACGACUGGGACUGUGAUUCGGAGCCGCUGCUGUUUGAUGAGGAGUUUUGUCAGAUACUUCUGAAGGAUCUGCAGAUGCUCCCCACGCCGCCCCAGUCUCCACCUACAAAGACUGGGCUCGUCAAGCCGUGGUCCAAGGUUGAUCAGCUGGAGUUCGUGUCGGAGCUGCUUUUGGAGGAGUUCAGCUGGGACCGCGAUGUACAAGGCGCCGGCGGGAGCGAGGAGCAGCGGCCACAUGAGUCCGAGGACUGCUUAUGGCGCUUUGGCGGCGAGAAAUCCGCGGAGGAAAAGCUGUCGGCCGUGCUGUCCACCAGCCCUCUUCUUUCGGACAUUGAUACCAAUAUUUUCGAGGAGAUUGCCGGUUCCACGCUUCACUGCCACGACGUGGCGCUAGAGUGCAGAUCUCUGGAGGACCAGGACUUAUUCGAGGACAGCGGGGAGCAGAGGGAAUCCUCCUCUGAUUCCAGUGCUAUGUCCACGGCGAGUGAAUCGUCCACUAGUGAUUCUGAAGAUGAAAUAGAUGUUGUAACGGUGAAGAGGCCCGGCGCUGGCCUGCGGGCACAGCAGGCAGAAGAGCGCGCACGGCGGCGUGCCAUCAAACGCUGCCACCAGGAGAUACAGAUGCAGCACAAUUAUGCAGCCCCGUGCCCGGCAUCGCCACGGCGACCUGAGGCAGCCCCCCUCCAGCAGAAGCGGACGCGGGGCGAGGCGCACCGACAGCCCUUCCCUGCCGGACGCACGCGGGGCUCUGUGGCGCGGCAGGCGGCCGAGACGGAGGACGAGGAGGAGCGGAGGAGGACGCACAACGUGAUGGAGAGGCAGCGGCGCAACGAGCUGAAGAACUGCUUCCUGCGGCUGCGCGACCACGUCCCAGAGCUGUCGCACAACGACAAGGCGUCCAAGGUGGUGAUCUUGAAGAAGGCCAGGGACAGCAUCCGCAGCCUGGAGGCGGAGAGCCAGAGACUUUGCGCUCGGCGGGACAGACUGGCACAGAAACAAGAGCAACUCAGACGCAGACUGGAGCAGUUGAGGUAGUCAUCAGGCAGGCAUGUGGACUUUAUAGGGGGCUCAAAAAGACUGUGUGUGUGUGCUGUUCACACACACCAAGGACCAGUGGUGAUAAGCUUUGGCCCUCCCACUGAUCGUUACUGAAAAGCGGUGUGCUUGAGGUCUCUUUCCCCACCCCGCCCCCCCCAUUCAAGUUGGGAGACACACUAGUGUCCAGUUUUGAAUCUCGUUUCACAGUUGCCAAAGACAUUUAGUUUUAAUUCCCAACCAACACGGUCCACCAUUUCAAUGGGUUCUCAUUUUUAUUGUGAUCCGAACAUGGUGAGAAUGCGUUACGUUUGUAAACGGUCACACUUUUUUUUUUUUUUUUUUUUUUUGUGUGUGUAUGGUGGUCAUUUUCUCCCUUCCAGAUGAGUGGGUGUGUUUGUGUGUAACUUUAUUUUAUUUUUAAUUGACCAUUUCCUGGGGGUAACUGAUAUUAUGAGAGUGUACAGUAGUUUUUAUUUACUGGGUGGAUUUCUCACAUGCUGGUUCCGUCCAGUUGGAUUAAUAUUUGUGUCCCAUAUUUCGACUGUUUGGCGUUGCCCACUUUUCUGGGUGGUGUUACUCUUGCACCUUGACGGGAUCAGUGUUCAGUACAUGUACUGUCUACCUCAGUUACUUUUUUUCUUUUUUGCUUUUGUAAUGAUACUUGUGUACAUAUAUUUUAAUUUACUGAUUUAUUAUUUUUUUUUUAAUUAUUAUAUUAUUAGGGUUCUAUUUUUAAAUUUUCAGUAUCUUUCCUUUCUGGUACUUGCAAUAAAAUUGAACCAGAAACGCUUGUGUA